CUUCAAUCCUAUACUGUUUUUGAUGUUCCCUCUUCAAACCACAUGAAAUCAUGGAGACUCACCACCUCUUCGUCUCUCUCCUUGUUCUUCUUCCUCUUCCCCUAUGCUCAUCCCAAGAAAAUACCAGAAGCUUGGCCACUGAUGUCAAUAGUCCCCUUGAUACUCCUCCAAUAUCCCAGAAACUACAUCCAAAGCUUGUGUACGAAAUCAAAGUACAUGGCUUUAUGCUUUGGGCAUCGAUGGGUGUUUUGAUGCCAAUUGGUAUAAUCUCCAUCAGAUUAAUGUCUAUCAAAGGUCAACCUCUACUCUAUCUUCGUCGACUGUUCUUUCUUCAUGUCACUUCUCAGAUAGUUGCAGUGAUAAUUGUGACGAUAGGUGCAGUAAUGUCAAUAAAAAACUUCAAUAAUUCCUUCAACAAUCAUCACCAACGGCUAGGAGUUGGACUCUACGCCAUUGUAUGGUUCCAAGCUCUUUUUGGCUUCCUCCGACCUUCAAGGGGAGGAAAAGCUAGAAGGAACUGGUUUGUAGGCCAUUGGAUUUUAGGAACGUCAGUGGCUAUUCUUGGGAUGAUAAACAUAUACACAGGCUUAAAUGCUUACACUCAAAAGACAUCAAAAAGUGCUAAGCUUUGGACCAUACUCUUCACGGCACAACUCUCGUUUUUUGUCUUGCUCCAUCUGUUUCAAGACAAGUGGUCUUAUAUCCAAACCCAAACCAAUAGAACCCAAUCAGUUGAUCAUAACAGCAACAUCUCAACCGCAGAGCCUAGUCAAGGAGACGAGGUCGAUGAGACUAAACCAGCGUUAGAGAAAUGCUAAAAGCCUAAGAAGCUAUACAGAAUUUCGUUUUGGCUCUUGAAAAUUGUUUGGGGGAAAUAAGAAAAUUUGGAUUUGAUAUGUAAUGGUGACACAUUUGGCUAUCUUUCGAGUCUUUUAGUUAUCUUCAAAGUACUGUGCUGAUGACUGGGACAGGGACAUAAAGCGUGAUUAAAAAGUCUUAAUUAAC